CCUCCAUCUCCAGCCGAGCCUCCUCAUCGCCUCCUUGAAUCCCUCCAAUUUCCAAGCCCUAGGUAAAUAGAUACUUGUCGUCUGCCCCCCAAGCAAUUUUUUUGUGAACCCACCAUUGAAAGAUAAAAACCCUAGAAGAAAAGAAGAAGGAGAAAAAAAAUGUUCUUCCACAUUCAAUUAGAGCGCAACAUGCAACUCCACCCCCGCCAUUUCGGGCCCCACCUCCGCGACAAGCUCGUCGCCAAGCUCAUGAAGGACGUCGAAGGCACCUGCAGCGGACGUCACGGGUUUGUCGUUGCUAUCACUGGCGUCGAUGACAUUGGAAAAGGCCUCAUCAGGGAGGGCACUGGAUUUGUUACUUUCCCUGUUAAGUAUCAGUGCGUCGUUUUCAGACCUUUCAAAGGGGAGAUUCUUGAAGCUGUAGUUACUAUGGUCAAUAAGAUGGGUUUCUUUGCGGAAGCGGGGCCGGUGCAGAUCUUCGUGUCGAAUCAUUUGAUCCCUGAUGAUAUGGAGUUCCAAUCAGGAGAUGUUCCGAACUACACUACAUCAGAUGGAUCGGUGAAAAUUCAAAAAGAGUGUGAAGUACGAUUAAAGAUAAUUGGAACCCGUGUUGAUGCCACGGAAAUUGUAUGUCUUUCUGCAUCUAUUUUUUCCAUUUUUUUAGUACUUUUAUAG